AUGGUGAGCGCCGCCGAGCUUCCGGACCACAUCCGGGAGUUCCAAGCUGCUCUGGAGUUUCCACAGGGCAUAGGGGCGCUGGAUGGCUGCCACUUCCCCAUCUCACCACCGAAGGUCAACGCGAGCGACUACCACAACUACAAUAGCUGUUUUGAGGACUGUAUGGCUACAGCAUUCAACACCUAUGAAACUGAUAUAUACCUUGUAAUGUUUGUAUCCAGGUAUAGCAUCAUCCUGCUGGCCCUCGUAGACCACCGUUACCGGUUCCGGUAUGUGAAUGUCGGGGCACCAGGGCGGUGCCACGACGCACAUGUGUACCGGAGGUCGGCUUUGACGGCUGUUCUAGAAGGACCAACGCUGCAGAUGCCCAUGGUCACCAUCAACGGGACCACCGUGCCGCCCCUGAUGCUGUGUGACCAGGCGUUCCCUUUGACGUCCAACAUGCUCAAGCCGUACCCUCGCAAGGACGUUAAGAAGGACUCUCCACAGGACGGCUUCAACCGACAGCUGUCAUCUGCUCGCCGAGUCGUGGAGAACUCCUUCGGAAGGGUCAAGGCCCGAUUCCGCUUCAUCGUGAAGAGAAUGGAGUGCGAGGUGGACAAUGCCCGGCUUGUUGUGCGAGCCUGCUGCAUUUUAAACAAUGUGUGCGAACAUUUCAAUGACGGUGUCGAGCCCCAGUGGCGCAGCGACGUGGCGACGGAGGAUAGGAUCUAUCUGCAACCGAUGUGCACCACAGAUGCUGAGGCAGACAAUGGGCAGAGCGUCAGGGACGCUAUUGCGGGCUAUCUACACCAACGCUCGAGGCGGAUGGUCUAG